AUGGAUAUUACCAAACAAAAGAUAAGAAACGAAAAACUGAACCAAGAGCAAUCAUUACAAUUAAUUGAGCAGGUGAAACAGUAUCCUGAGCUGUGGUGCAAGACUUACAAACACUACCGAAACAUAAACAGGCAGGAAUCGGCAUGGGUAAGACUAUCACGGGAGUUGGCCAUAAGCGCGACGAAUGCAAAGUAUAAUUGGAGUGCCCUGCUGGCCAACUUUCGAGUCUAUCGGGCAAAAGUUAAAAAGAGCCAGCUUACUGCGUCAGGACACGACGACAUUUAUAGGCCAUGUUGGUUCGCCUACGAGUCGAUGCUGUUUGUAAGCGAAGCUUCGGAUGUGGUGGAGGCAACGCACACAAUUGGACUAGCGCGACCAACAUCACACUCCCACAGUGCAAAAGCAAUGCAAUCGACGGUCACAUCAAUCAAUCGACAGCAAUCGACGGUUACAUCACAAGUUCCCUGUUCUUCGCAGAACAGCUCUCCGCUAACUGGAUAG